AUGGCAUCCAACAUUCCCAAGCCAGUUCUGUUCCUGCUGGGGACAGCAGCAGAAUCUGCCGUCAUUACGAAGACUGUACCGCUCGAGUAUCUUCCUACACCACCUCUGUCCCGUGUAUUCGUUCGACUUGCUAUUCUCCAGCUGGUGGCAUAUGCUGUGUACAGAUGGUUCAUAUAUCCCUUCUUUCUGAGUCCACUCAGAAAGCUUCCUGGUCCAAGAGAAGAGCGGCCCAUCCUUGGAAAUGGCAUGGCCGUGUUUGAGCGUCCUGCUGGCCGGUCUUUCCUCCGAUGGAUGAAGACAAUUCCUAACGAUGGCCUCAUCUAUUUCCGUGGUUUCUUCCACCAAGACCGCCUUCUCGUCACCGACCUCAAGAUCCUCGGUGAGCUGCUCGUCACCCGAUCGUACGACUUCGAAAAGCCCAAGCCACUUCGAGACUUCUUACGAUACAUUCUUGGUGAUGGCCUCAUCAUCGUGGAAGGCGAUGUCCACAAAUUCCAAAGGAAGAACAUUAUGCCGGCAUUCACGUUCCGAGCUAUCAAAGACCUCUAUCCGAUCUUUUGGGAAAAGUCCGCACAGCUUACACAGGGUGUGAGCCAGCAAUUGACUGAUGGCACAACGCCAAAGUCGGCUGAUGGAGAACCGAUCGUGGAGGUGAAUCACUGGGCGAACCAAGUCACCAUGGAUAUCAUCGGUAUGGCUGCAAUGGGCAGAGACUUCCAUGCAUUGAAGAACGGAGAAGACCCACUUAUUGUCAACUACGAAGAGCUGUUGGAGCCGACCAAGGAGAAGAACCUAUACUUCCUGCUCAACAUCCUUCUGUCCCCACCAGUUGUUGCGAAGAUUCCCUGGAAGCUCAACGAGCGGUCAAAGAUAAUCCAGCAAAACAUUGUGAACAUCAGCUUGCAGCUCGUGAAGGAGAAGAAAGAGGCGAUGAAGACAGAGGCUGAAGGAGUGUCGAAGGAUCUGCUAUCGCUUCUGAUCCGUACAAACAACUUCUCCGACCACCAGCUCGUCGAUCAGAUGUUGACGUUCCUUGCGGCCGGCCACGAGACAACAUCUUCGGCAUUCACAUGGGCCACAUACCUGCUGUCCACACAUCCUGAGAUUCAGAGUGCUCUGAGGAAGGAGAUCCAGGACCAUCUCCCUUCUCCGAACGGACCUGUCCCCAAAGACUUCGACAUCGCCACAGUCAUCGAAGGUCUUCCCCUCCUCAAUGGCGUCUGCAACGAAGCGAUCCGUCUCUACCCAACCGUUCCGAUCACAGUCCGCGACAGCAACAAACCCACCCAGCUAGGUGGUGUGCACAUCCCAAAGCACACGCAGAUUAUGCUUUGCCCCUGGGCCACGAACCGCAACCCAGCAUUCUGGGGCGACAACGCCGAUGAAUUCGUGCCGGAGCGAUGGAUCGACGCCGAUGAGAAGACGGGCGAGCGGAAGCCGAACAACAACGGUGGUGCGCCGAGCAAUUAUGCCAUCUUGACUUUCUUACACGGGCCGAGGAGUUGUAUUGGACAGGGUUUCGCAAAGGCAGAGCUGAGGUGUUUGGUUGCGGCUUUCACUGGUUCUUUCGAGAUGGUCAUGGCGAACCCGAAUGAGGACGUUGUGCCCCAUGGAGUUGUGACGACGAAGCCGAAGGAUGGCAUGCAUUUGAAGUUGAAGUAUCUCGGUGGAUGGUAA